GGAGUGCCAGCUCACAUACACAGCCAUUGUUCAACUUUAAGCCACAUUCCAUUCUUCCUGUGGAUAUUUCGAUUUUGCUGGUCUUGUCGAAACUACGUGUCGCUCUUUGUCCUCUAUCUUUGCGUUUGUGUUUUGUGGCUUGUUUUUAUCAGUAUCAUAAAAGACGUUCACUUGUAGAACUUCAUUUCACUUGUAACCAUGCCUCGAGGCCCUCGUCGUGCACCUCCUUCUGCUCUCCGUCUCGUACAAGGACCUCUCCCACCACGCGCUACUCCAAAACACACACUCCCUUCCUUUCCUUGCCCCGCUUUCCGACCAGAGGCUAUCCUCCCUCAUGGGCCUAUGCCCCAAUCUCGCAUACGCCGCGCAGAUUCAAUGCGGGUCACAUUCCCUGACUUGUCACCGCUGGAUUUAGAGAUAGCAAAUACCUACAGAUCAUCAUCGUCUACUCCAACAUCAUCGUCACCGACAUCGGGGCACCGCAUUCGUGGUCCUUGGAAUCAUUCAAGCAGCAUUAGCGUGCAAGUGGACAUUGAUAGUCUAAUCGCGUUGCCAAAGCCUGCAGCAUUAUGUCUAUAGCUUGAGGUUGUUCAUGUGGAAAAGCUGUAUCAUCUAGGUUGGAACUUGGUUCCUCAGCUGGGCUGAGUGGUAUUUUAUUGUCUUUUUACGAGACUGGUACUCAAAGUAUUUUAUAA